AUGCUUAAGCUAUAUAGACGUAUUGGGUACUGUUUUGACCGUAAAGGUCGGACUGUUUUGAUGCAGUUCGCGGAAAUGUUGACAUGAAAAUUGUAACGGGAGGUCUGACUAUCGAGUGUAUUUCCAUCGACAGAACAUAUUCCUGUAUAAUAGAAAUCUCGCUAUAGUCGUUUGGCCGGUAAUAGCUAGCCACGUUCAACUGUUUUUAGCUGUUAGCUAGCCAUGUUGCAGAUAACACAUCGAGCUAACACUGUGUUUACAUGAACUAGCGGUUUCGAGCUGAACGUUUUUUUUUGUUAGGUUGUUUCUUGUACCUCCUAACUAAUGUCUAUCGCUAGAUAGCUGUGCUAUUGUAAAGCUGGCAUUUCAGGACGAAUCAUUGCUGUCACCGCAGAAAUGGACACUCCAAAAUACACUGUCCAUGUUACUGCUAGCCUCCGAGCAAUGACACUGCCUCUGUCCUUAUCCGCUCCUUAUCAACAUAGCUGAGCUAAACUUUCCGGGUUAGUUUUUCUAUGACACUCAACUUAUACUCGACUAGAUUCGUUGGAAUCGCUCCUCAACGAACUUCUCUAUAUGUUUUAUCUGGGCCUGUUUUUUGUGAACGUUUUAAUCCUAUACUAUGCCUUUCUAAUGGAAUACAUCGUCUUGAAUGUGGGGAUAGUGUUUCUACCGGAAGAUAUGGACCAGGCGCUGGUGGAUCUAGGGGUACUAUCUGACCCGGCCUCUGUCCCUUACGACACGGACACAGAACUCGAUGUGUUCGAGAGGUACCUGGAGUGAGCUGGACCCAGGGCUAGAGAGGUAUCUGGAGUGAGCUGGACCCAGGGCUAGAGAGGUACCUGGAGUGAGCUGGGCCCAGGGCUAGAGAGGUACCUGGAGUGAGCUGGGCCCAGGGCUAGAAAGGUACCUGGAGUGAGCUGGGCCCAGGGCUAGAGAGGUACCUGGAGUGAACUGGGCCCAGGGCUAGAGAGGUACCUGGAGUGAGCUGGGCCCAGGGCUAGAGAGGUAUCUGGAGUGAGCUGGGCCCAGGGCUAGAGAGGUAUCUGGAGUGAGCUGGGCCCAGGGCUAGAGAGGUAGAGAGAAGCCCGGGGUCGAACUGGAUUCCUACCGAACUGUGAUGAUGAUGAUGGGAGAGACUGAUACUGGAAACUUCGAGAGGAGGAUAAUUGUGUUGGCUUGGAGCAACAUUGGCUGCUGGAUGAAAAAGUAAGGAGGGAUGGAAUAAUGAUGA